AGCAACCUCUACGCGACUGGAUUUGCGCACAUUAACUGCUCUCUCUCUUUCUGCCCUGCAGUGGCGCAUGUUAGCAUUCAGCACACUUGUGCUACAACCUCGGCGCAUGUUAGUCACCUUUCCAGGUCGGACUCCUUCCCAGCUUGAUACCCACGCUCUCUCUCUCUCUCUCUCUCUCUGGAAAUUCACUCGCUUUCUCCAGCAUCUUCAUUUCCUUGUAAUUUCGUUGUUCGUCACUUCUCAUUGCAGUAAUGUUUACCAAAUUCAACUAUCUCAGCAUGUCAAUAUGGGCUUCUUGAAAAGCUGGCGUCAGUGGAGUUGUUUCAGGAAAUAGACACCUGUGAGGUUCUUCUUGUGUGAGUGACAUUGGUGAAACCCCCUUUAGUCCCUGAGGCAAUAACAUGAAGAAGCCAGAUAGCCAUAAAAAUUAUUCUAAUAAAGAAGACCUGCCGCGAAAUGAUCUUUGGACAGAUGGACUUAUUUGUGCUUUCGAAUUCAUUCGUGGCCGAAAAAAACCAAUUAGUUCAGGAUCUGGUUCAAAGAUCCCAGCCACACAGCAUAUAGAUGGUGAAUAUUCAAUGAUUCGCGUGCCUGAACAUGGACAAGCUGAGGUUUCGUCCCCAAGGCUAGAUAAGAAUAAACUAAAUGAUCCCAGGAGCAGUGAGACUUCUUCUUUUGAUAACUACAAAUAUAGCCAAAUCCAUCAAUCAAGCCAAUUGCAUGGUGUAGAUAGACUUGAUUGUAGUCACUGGGUACCAAUUGGCUGGGCUAGAAUUUCAGAACUUGUGAAAACUGUACAAGUGGACACAGACUUGCUCUUGCAGCAGUUUGAGUCCGUGGAUGAUGAAUCUGAUCUGACUGUUGCAGAUUUAGCAGCUCCAUACUGGGAGCGCCCGGCAGGGCCCAUAUGGUGGUGCCAUGUCCUUGCAAAUAACCCCUCUGUGCAGGCAUGGCUCAGCAAGGCCGAGUUCUUACAUCCAGCUGUAAGUUUAGCUUUAAGAGAUGAAAGUCGCCUGAUUAGUGAGAAGAUGAAACACCUUCUAUAUGAGGUCCCAGUUAGGGUUGCUGGAGGGCUGUUAUUUGAGCUCUUGGGACAAUCAGUUGGUGAUCCUUUUGUUGAUGAAGACGAUAUCCCCAUUGUACUUCGGUCCUGGCAAGCACAAAACUUCCUAAUAACUGCAUUGCAUGUAAAAGGACAAGUUUCCAGAACAAAUGUGUUGGGCAUCGCAGAAGUUCAGGAGCUUCUUUCUACUGGAGGUUAUAUUGCACCAAGAACAGUGCAUGAAGUCAUAGCACAUCUAGUUGGCCGCCUUACUCGAUGGGAUGAUAGGCUAUUUCGUAAAGACAUAUUUGGGGAGGCAGAUGAGAUUGAAUUGAAGUUCAUGAACAGGAGAAACCAUGAAGAUAUGCAUCUCUUUAGUAUAAUUCUCAACCAAGAAAUCAGAAGGCUAUCAAGACAGGUGAUCAGAGUGAAGUGGUCACUUCAUGCAAGAGAGGAAAUCGUUUUUGAGCUUCUCCAACAUUUGAGAGGAAAUGCAGCAAGAAGCUUAUUAGAGGGCAUAAGAAAAACUACAAGACAGAUGAUUGAGGAGCAAGAAGCUGUUCGUGGCCGCUUGUUUACCAUUCAAGACGUGAUGCAAAGUACAGUCCGUGCGUGGUUGCAGGAUAAAAGCCUGCGAGUAACCCACAAUCUCACUGUAUUUGGGGGCUGCGGCCUUGUUCUUUCUAUAAUCACUGGGCUAUUUGGGAUCAAUGUUGAUGGAAUCCCUGGAGCAGACAAUACACCAUAUGCAUUUGGUUUAUUUGCGGCUGUCCUCUUUUGCUUAGGAGUUCUACUGAUUGCUGUUGGACUACUUUAUCUUGGGUUUAAAAAGCCUGUUACUGAGAAGCAGGUUGCAGUUAGGAUGUUGGAGCUGCAACAGUUAGUCAAUAUGUUUCAGCAUGAGGCAGAGACUCAUGCCCAAGUUCGAAAAAAAUUUUCUAGGAAUAGCUUACCCCCGACUGCUGGCGACACGGUCGCGGACAACUCAGAAUAUGUCCUCAUACAGUGACAUUGUUGUAUGCUUGUUGAGGACAUAUUCUACACCAUUUGGUGGUGACUAGUAUUCUGGCUGAAAAAGAAAAUGUAGUGACUGGUCUUGGCUGAUUGCAACUACUUGUAAAUUUGCAUGGAAUCGGAAUCGACAUCUAUUUUCAGUUGGGGAU